CGAAGCUAACGAGGUUACUUCUAACGAAUCCAACUUUUUCGGAUCAAUUAUUAACCGAUGAACGUUGGCGUUUCCUCAUCCUUAAAUACGGUGGGGAACCGCUCUUUGUCCACAUCCUCGAACAACAUACUGCUAAUAAGAAUGCACAGUACAUUCUAAAGUUACUAGGAAAAUUGAGAAUAUCAAAUUCUCUACCCCAUGCCGUUGCGGUGUUGAUGGGUCGAAAUAUAGCUUGGAAGCGACUGCUGCUUUCUCUUGAUGAUUCAACUCACGAUGUAUCAUACGUGGCUUCCACCGCAAUAAAAAUCAAGUGGAAGAAUGAACGGGACGUCAUUCCUUUCAAGGAUUUGGUCAAUUUAUCAUGCGAAUUGCCGUCCAUAAAAAGUGUCAUGGAAAUUUCUAACAUUCAAGUUUUUACAACCUUCAAAGAAUUGUUUCCCGAUUGUAUUAACUGGAUUCUAAAAGAUCUUGUUGAAAUUUUGGGAAAAAGAAAUAUUUAUCUAGAACAACUGUUUACGAAAUCUGUCGAAUCCUGUUCGCAAUCUUUUGGUCGAUAUGCAGGUCUCUUAACGAAUUCGGUUCACUCUUUCUUGUCCAUUGGAUUUCAAUUCAAUCGAGAACAUGUUGAAUACAUCCAUUCUUCUGUGAACGACGAUCUCGUAUUGCUUUUCUUUAAGUUUAUUGAAGAUUUUUUUGCCAAAAAUCGAAACGGAGUUG